UUCUUUUGAUAACGAACUUGUAACCAAAUGACCAUAAAUCGCGAAUGUUUAUCGUUUAUCAUUUCUUUUCUUUCUUUUUCGCCAUGUUCCAAGUGUCAGUUUUUCUUACCGCAUUCAUGUACGAUUUUAAUUUAUCAUAAAAAACAUGAGACUAUAAUCGUUACUUUGUAAAACUCUGAAAAUGCUUUUUAUUGACUGUACUUCUGAUUUUGUCAACGAUUGUAUGAAGAUUAAGUUCACAGUAUUUAUGCGACAAUGGUCAUGGGCAAUCUUGUCAUUUUGUUAUCAAGAAGAAGUGGAGACUGAAAUUAUUGGAACUGAGGGAGGAGAUUUAAAAUUCAGUCAGCCAAGUAUGUCCAACACUAUCAGUAAUAUGAAGAUGACCAACCGUAUCAAGGGAAUGGUGAGCAAACGUCGUAGGCGUUUCACAGAAGAUGGGUUUGACCUUGAUCUCACAUAUAUAAGAGAUAACUUAAUAGCAAUGGGAUUUCCAGCUGAAAAGUUAGAAGGAGUGUAUAGGAAUCACAUAGAUGAUGUUGUUAAACUGUUGGAAUCUAGGCAUAAAGAUCAUUAUAAGAUUUACAAUCUAUGUUCAGAGAGAUCUUAUGAUUUUAAGAAAUUUAAACAAAGGGUAGCUACAUAUGCGUUUGAUGAUCAUAAUCCACCAAUGUUGGAUCAAAUCAGACCAUUUUGCGAAGACGUGCACGAAUGGCUUUCUCGUCAUCAAGAAAAUGUAGCUGUCGUACACUGUAAGGCUGGUAAAGGUCGGACGGGUGUAAUGGUGUGUUGUUACCUUCUUCAUACUAAACAAUUUCCCACUGCCACAGAAGCCCUUAAUUACUAUGGAAAUAAAAGAACACACGAUAGGAAGGGGGUAACAAUACCUUCACAGAGGAGGUAUGUGGAUUAUUAUGCUACUCUUGUACAAGAAGGACUAGAUUAUCAACCGGUUACAUUGUUGUUACGAAAAAUACAAUUGGAUCCAGCACCUAUUUUUCAUGGAGGUCAAGGAUAUUUGCAUUGCGUAAUAUCUGAAUCUAAGAAAAAAAUAUUUAGCUCUGAUAUAGUAGAAGUACGAAAAGGAAUGCACACAGUCAGCAUCCCUUUAAAACACAGCAUAGCAUUGACGGGAGAUAUACGAGUGGAUUUCUUUAAUAGACCAAAAAUGAAGCGAAAGGAAAAAUUGUUUCAUUUUUGGUUCAAUACAUUCUUCGUACGAGACUACUUAUCGCCGGAAUAUGAUAAUGGAGAGUUACCAGUUGAGCGUUCAACUAGGGCAUUGAGUUGCGAUGGUGCAACUAUGGAAUUACCAGUGGUUAUGUCGCACAUGAAACCCAGAGCCGGAUCCUUAGCUAGUCUCGGACCUAUGCCACCUACUCUUGUUUUAAGUAUAGAUAAAUGGGGUCUGGAUGACGCACACAAGGAUAAACAUCACAAAGUGUAUAGUGCUGAUUUUAAAGUUAGCUUAUUUAUGCAUCGGAUGGGUGGUAAUAUAUCGCAAACUGUAUCAGCGACAACAAAUAGAACAGGAGAGGGUAUACAAAUAGGAAUGGGAGGACAAGAUACCCCGAGCGAAUCAAGCGAAGCGGAUAGCAGUGAAUGCGACACAACUGGUGAUACGACGGGAGAUGAAGAUGGGGAAUCUGUGGACAUGGACCAGCGUGUUGGACGAUACCGCCUUCUAUCAGACGGAGGAAUGAUAGAUGUUUUGUGAGUUCAUCGCCAGUCAUCCCUCUACACUCUUCGACAUUGCUGUCUCUCGCAUAUUCACAUGCGGACAUUAGAAAUUCGACUAUCAUCUUUAUUAUCGAAGAUGUACGCUCGAUUGGAAUGUUACGCUCGAACAAACGAUCGUGUCUUUUUAACGACAUGUAAAGUGUUGUUAGACGACGCAUAUUAGUUCCAACAAGCCAAAGAAAACGUUUAUAUCAGUACCGAAAUUUUGUUUCGUAUCUCGAAGAUUCGUGUCUCAAAAAUAUGUCGCUUUCUUUCUUUCUUAACUUCUUUGACGAAUGCGCAUCAGUUUGGCUCGUGCUACACACAUAUUCUUUCUUUUCGUUGAAUAUGUUUGAUCGUAGAAUUCCAUUGGAAUUUAUUUACAAACACCAAGCAUAAAUAUAAACGAAUGUUUUUUUUUAAACCAUGUAUUUUAUAUUUAUUAUCAACGAGCUGGAAGUUCUCUGAACAAAAUCUGAAAGGUAGAAGUAAAAGGAAGAAGAAAAUGAAAAAGAAGAGUGGAAAGGCUAAACGUUAUAAAAAGAAAGAAUCGAUGUAAAUGGUAAAGAGAAGUUCCAUGCUCAGCAUAUUAAAGAUACAUAAUGCGGCUUGUGUAACGCUUAUCUCGUUUUGUCGGUGAAACUGCGCAUUCUCGCGAAUACGAGACAAUGGCUGGUGUUUGAAGAAAUAGCCGCGUCGGUCUUAUAGGCUGAGAAAGAAAGUGUGUUUAUAUAGAUUAUGAAUCCAGAUGGAAGAAUAAUGCUGUAAAAAAAAAGCAAGAUUAUUUUCGUAACGUUAAUAAAUUGUAAGUCAAUAAAUACAGCAACAAGAAUGGUAAGGACAAGAAGAACAUCAGCAUCACCAAUAUUCACGAGAACUCUAACAUCGGUAACCACAACGUCGAGGAUGUCGCUUGCUCUUCGUUCGAUAACGACGACGUUUAUCGUACUUGUGUAUUAACUUUGUUUUCCUCUGUAAAGACGAUCGAAUCGAUACACGUUGUAUCACCACAUUAGCUAAACACCUAACUUUAUGUUUUUCUAUCGCAAUCGGUAUAAUUUACCAAAACUUGUUUCGCUAUUACAAAUCUACCGAAAGGAAUAUGUAUAUCGAAUGAUCUUAUCUGACGAAUUUUGCGAUCACAGAUACUUAUGUAUAUGCGCAAAAAAGAAUAAAAAUGAGGUAAAGAGCGUAACAAAAGGAAAAUAGACGAGCGAUGUAGAAUGUAUCGUGCGUGAGUCGUCUAAGUAUUACAUAGUCAUGAAAAAUCUGGCCGUGCAAUGUUUCACUUCGACUCGUGAUCACGGCUCGCAUAAACAUUUUUGCUUUUACCUAAGCUAAGGGUAUUUGUGAAAAAUUUGCGAAUUGCGCCGUGAAAAGUAGAAUUGUAUAAACGAAUCUAUUCGGUGUAGGGUUCGCAGUUUUUAUUCUUUUCGAAAGUAGAAGGCGAUACGACGUUAAUCGAUAAAUCGUUACGACGAUAUCGUCGAAUAGAUUCUACACCGACUCAUCGGAUGUUCUACGAAUGUUUCUGAUCGCUGUUCGUUUACAUGGUCUCAAGAAAAAGCAAGAUUGAGAAAAAAGAAAGAUAGAAAAGCUAUAGAUGUCGGACUCGGAAGCUAUGCGGUUCUGCUCUGUGUUACGGCUAAAAAAAAGAUCACAUUGUAACGUUACGAUGUUCGCGAUGCGUUUAAAAGGUUGGUACACGCCCGCGACCGUGGUAACGUUCGAUGUAGAUCGAAAUUUUUCGCGAAAUUUUGUUCGAAUAAAAGGUAUCGUUGUUUCCUUAGCACUCGCACAAUACGCGAAUUCUUUAAGCUUUUGGAUGAGAAACGUCCAUUUGAUCGAAUAUGCAAAGGAUACAAAUGAAUUUAGAGAACGCAACAAGAAUCGUUUCUGACGCCGUCCUUUCCUAACUCAUAGCUUGUACGUUGCGAUACGAUAGUUCGUAACUCGAUGCAAUUAAAAACGAUGAUGACAAAUAGAGUGGCGUCAUGCAUCGUCCUAACUGGCAUUUCUUUUAAUUUCGCUGUUAUUGUAUCUUCAUUUUGUUCGUUUGUACGUGCAGCCAUGAACGAACUUUUCGAUUAUGUAUACGCUGAGACCGAUACGCAGAUCGGACAAGUCGCACGCGCGCUACGGAAGAAAAUUCAAAAUCGACCGAGUCCGUAUGUGCAACAAGAGAUGAUAUUGCAAAAACUUAUUCCUUUUAACGAAACGUAUUAGUAUGUUGAAAUUUCGCGUGUUUACAUUAACGCUUUCUCUCUUUUGCUAACUUGCCGAGUUGAUCGUUCGUAUAGAUUUUAGCCACGAGCCUUAGACAAGAUUACGAAUACGAAUAAGAAUACGCGCGCACGGUUAAGUCAAAAGAAAUGCGGUCGUUCGUUAUCGUUCGCUGGUGCAUCUUUACGUUCCUUGAUAUAAGUACCGUAAACUUAUGAAAUUUGCAUAAAAUUAGUUAUGGCACGAUAAAUACGUUGAUACGCGAUUCACGUAUGUCGAAGAGAAUGCAUCGAGGAAAAACAGCUCAUUCUCGUUUUUCCAAUAAAUUCUGAUCCCGCGUCUCAGAAUCUAUCUUUAUUUCUAUGUUUGGUUUUCUUUUUGUCAUCGAAAUUAAAUUUGAUGGUUGAUAAAAUGGAAGAGAGAAAGGGAGGGAGGAGAGAAAAGGAGGAGGGAGAGAAAGAGAGAGAGAGAGAGAGAGAGAGAGAGAAUGCGUGCGUGCGUGUGUGCGUGCAAUGAUCGAAAACAGCGCAAGAGCGAAUGAAAUACUUAUUCGUGUUAUCAGGUAGCGAGUUUUGGAUUACCUCGAACGAAUUAGUAAAUUUACCUCGCUCGAACUAUUUUAAUCGCAUCUGUAGUUCACUGAACUAACGUCGACUCGCUAGCAAUCGUUGCGAUACCUCAGUUUUUUACCCUCUAAAAGUAACGAAGAAGGUAAACUUACUAAAUACGUUUUUACGUACCAAUAAUUAUGGCAUACGUAUGUACCAUAUUGUUACUUCUUGUAACGUACACGCUUCUCGGACAUAUUUUUUCUCAUACGAAGUUCAUGAAUAUCGUUUUAUAAGUGAUAUCUCUUAAAACUAACUUUUAUAUGAUUCAUGCGGAAUGUUCAAAAUAUAAAUAAGAUGCAUUAUUUU